AUGAUUGAAUCAUUAAAAUCCAAAAGCUACCAAGAAUGCAAUGAACCUUUUAUAAACUCGACACAGCGCAAAAUAGUUGACAGAUAUCUUUUGUCAAUUGACAAUUUGUAUUCUAAGCUUGUAUUUACUACCGGGAAAGUAAUUCUUUAUAUUUUUGAAAACAAUGAAUGGAUUGAGAUGAAUCUCGAAGGACCACUGUACUUGUACAGAAGAAACAACGAGGAAAAUGUAAGCUCGCAGUACCGACUGAUAGUUUUAAGUAGAAACAAUAUGCAAGAUUUUAAACUGAACAUUCCAAACAGCUUUUAUCUUGAGUGCCAGAAUCAAGCCGUGGUAUUCAGCCACUUGGAUAAAAACAAUAUUUUUGGAUUUUGGUUUGACAACGAGUUGGUUGUUAAAAAAUUUUACCAGGUCUUGCAACAUAUUCUAAAAAAUAAGUAA